UUUGAAUAUUUGAAUUGAAAGAAAAAGAGCGCCAAUUGAGCGCGUAACAAAAAACGGCAUUUCUUAUAUCCAAAAACGGCCAAUCCUCUUCCUUCUCCAAAGCUUCAAAAAAUUAGAAAAAAAAAAAAAACUCUCUAACUCACACGGAGAAAGGAAACGUCUCUCGCUCUCCUUUUUCUCCAUUUUGAACUCCAAAUUUUUGUAAAAAAGAAAGGAAACCAAAACAAUGUCAACGAGCAAAGCAAGAAACAAAAAGCGUGGAUCGGAGUCCUUGCUCGGAAAAUCGGAUCCGAAAACCCGACUCAUUGAUGAUUUCGAUCCUGAUCCUGAUCUUUCUAAUGAUCUCAAAGGGAUCAUGUCGGCUCUGCAACUGAUAAAAGAAAAAGCACAAAAGGACGGGAAAAAGAAGAACGAAGAGACAAUUUCCAGUGUGGCUGCUGAGAUAAGAUCUAAGCUUGAUGAUCUGAAGUCAAAAAUUGAGAAGGAAAGACAAACAUUUGCCAAGGCACUUACAAAGAGCUCAAAAGAGUGUGAAAAUUGCUUGAAGAGUGAGACUGCUAAGUUUCAAGAGGUUUACGAGAAAUUCUGCAAAGAAAAAACUAUCCACAUGCAGUCUUUGAAAGAUACUAUUUCCAGAUUUGAGGAAGACAAAGAAAGGCUGUUUGUGCGAUAUGAACAAUUGAGGAAGAAAGAGAAGAGCUUGAUAAUCGAGCAAGAGAAAUUCUAUGCUGAUAAAAUUGCUCAGUUGGAGGAGUCAUUGAAGAAAAAGAAACAGGAUGAAAGAACUUUCAGCAUUUUGAGGAAAACUCUUGGGUCUUUCCUCGACAAUGGUUCGGAUGAAGACUUCCCACCUGAAGAUUGAAAUUUGUUUACAAUGAAAAAGAUGGAGACAUCUUACUGAGAUAUAUAAUCCUUUUCGUCCUUCGGUAAAGUCUUAGUUUAUACGUUUACAGCAAUUAAAAAUUCCAUGCAUUUCUAUUUUGAUACAGCAUCAAAAGGACGAAGUUAAAAACAGCGGUUGUAGUUGCAAAUGCCAGUUUUGGGAUGAAAAUUCUUUGCCUUGAUUAUUUUGCUAGUGAAA